AUGUUACCGGGCGGUGACAGCAGCAUGCUGCGUGUAGUGCUCGGUGUUUGGGCGUUGUCCUUGCAGGCGAUGGCCUCCUCGCAGGGGUGGAAUUGGGUCACAGAUGCUGGAAGUGUCGCUCAAGGGAUCUGCACGAUCGCCUCGGUCAAGGGCUCCUUUGCGGUGAUCACCAGCGCCGGGACUGCACAUGCUUGGGGGAAUGCCUUUGAAAAUGGGGCCGUCCUCGAGAAUGUGGUGGCCAUCGUUCCUUUCAAUGCCCAGAACGGAGAUGCUUUCCUAGCCCAAAAGGCAGAUGGCAGCGUGGAGCCCUGGGAUGAGCCAUGGCCGAAUCGCCACUUCGCACUUGACAGGGCAGGACUCGUUGGUGAUCUCUCCGGUGUGGCGAACCUCAGUGUCAGUGAAAACUACAUUGCAGCUCUCAACACUUCCGGCUUUGCCACAAUCUUCGAUCAUGAAAGUGUUGUUCAUGAAGUUGCCGGCGUAAAGGCCAUCCAUGCAUCAGGAAAUUACGGCUUUGUGCUUGAGAUGAACAGCGGCAGUUUUGAGACUGCCAUGAUAUCGGUGGAUGAAUUGCCGUCUUCAAAACUAGCGCAGAUGCAGUCGGUGGGCGUGCGCGAGUUUGUUCACAUAACCUCGGCAUGGGCGGCGCUUCUUUCGGAUGAGACGGUGAUCACGUGGGCCAAGCAGAGCGCAACCCAGUGGAAUGAUGUAGUAGAAGCGGACCUGGUCGGAGUCAAGAAGAUUGCCACGACUAGUAUGGCAUUUGCGGCUCUCCUUAGCGAUGGCAGCGUCAAAACCUGGGGCCACGAUGUUGGUGGGAAGGUUCCCUAUGCCGUGCGGCCCGAGAUUGCAUCUGGGGUCGUUGAUGUUGUGGGAGGAGGAAGUGCUUUCGCAGCAAUCAAGGAAGAAGGACACGUGGUGGCGUGGGGCUAUGUGAAUCCCGUUACUGGCAUCACGGAGGCUGAGGCCAGCCCGCCUGCUGACCUUGACAAUGUGAAGGCCCUCUUCUCCAAUGAGGAUGUCUUUGCUGCCUUGAGGCACGAUGGAAGCGUGGUCGCCUGGGGUCGAAGCGAUAAGGGCGGGGACUACUCCUACAACGGCGCUGUGGCCGUGGUCGACAUCAAGGCCAGCGCUGGUGCUUUUGCAGCACUCAAGGCGGAUGGCAGCGUGAUGGCGUGGGGAGAUGCAAAUCAGGGUGGAGACACGAGUGUGAGGAGCAGUUGGGGAACUUCGGAUGCCCUUACGAAUGUGGUGGAGAUCUUUGCGAGCGAGCGCAGCUUUGUGGCCCGCAAGGAGGAUGGUGGUUUGGUCGCCUGGGGAGACCCAAAUGGAGGUGGGAAUCUGACUUCCAGCCAAUGGGGGCCGGCACCGUUUGAUCCAACCGUGUGCGAAACUUACAAAGCUGAGAUGGCUCAAGGCUUUGCAGGGGAGGUGGGAGUGGAUACAUCUCAGGUGACGGUGGAGUUUAAGUCAUUGUCUCGGCGGCUGCAGCGUGGCGACGGCGGCGAGCCGACCGGCGGCGGCGAGCCGACCGGCGGCGGCGAGCCCACCGGCGGCGGCGAGCCCACCGGCGGCGGCGAGCCCACCGGCGGCGGCGAGCCGACCGGCGGCGGCGAGCCGACCGGCGGUGGUGACCAGCCGACUGAAGGCGGCGAUAUCGAAUGGAAGUAUUUCUAUGCCAUCUUUGAGGUGACCUACCCCAGCGUGCAUGCCGCAGAAGAGGGCAAGAAAGUCAUCGAUCUCAUCGGCGAAGCCAGCCUGAGGCAGAAGAUCAUCGUUUGGGUGAGCCUCCUCUCGGAUGUGAAGGUUAACCAGAUCGUCACCAGCAUUGCCGCCACCACAACGACCACAACGACUUCAGGUCAGGCCACAACAACCACUACGACUGCGGCCGUUGAGACUACUACCGCAGCUGCGGUUGAGACGGUGGUUGUAACGACCGUGGAGAUCACAGUGGACGACCCAGCAACGAUCACUGAGAAUGAAACCAUCACCAAUGCCAUGACUGAAGGCUUUGCAGACUCCGCGGGAGUGGAUUCAUCUCAGGUGACGCUGGAAUUUGAGCAGUCGCGUCGACUCGAAACAAGGAAGCUACAGGUUUCGCUUAUCGCCAUCUUCAAGGUGACCCUCCCAAGCGCCGAGGCCGCAGGGCAGCUCCAGGCGCAGAUCGAUGCCAUCCCAGUGGCGGACAUCAACACCUCCAUCACCGGGAAACUUGCAGAUGCUGGCUUCACGGGCACUGUCGAGGUCACCGGCAAAACGACAUCGGUCACCACAGCGGAAAGUGGAGGAAACGAAGUUUCUUUCUGCCCUGAGAAGGCAAUGCUGGGCCUUACAGUGGCUUUGUCUCUCGCGUGCGCAUGA